CAAAGUGUGAAUAUGGCAACAAAGAUAGGAUGUAUGAGUUGUCCUCAACAUCUACACUCUUGCAACAGCAGCGUAUGACUUCGAAUCGCUGACACAGGACACUGUUCUCAGCUCUCCUGCGUCCGCCAUCAUGUCCCACCUUAUAGAUCCGAAUUGGCGAGCCUCGCUAAAGCCAGUGACUGGAUCCAAAUUCUGGCUAGAUGUCGCUGGGACCAUCAUGAUACCAUACGUGAUCUUUUAUUUGUCUCUUUUUGGUGGUAUGCGAGCGCUCAAGCUCGCUCUCCUGCCAUUUGGCUACAUUGCAGCUUUUCGGGUGCUUUUCCUCGGUGGAUUGGACACACAAUACUCGGCAAUGUAUGGGAAUCAGAUGUUCAACCUUGUAGCAGGAUCCGCGACUAGAUGGGCCCUGAGCGAUCUGCCACCAGACUAUCAGCCCACUACUGAACCCUCUCCAUUCCCCACCAUCCGUCAAAGUACAGCAUACAAAGCACUCAGCAUGAUGCUCAAUGUCCACCGACAUGUCGGUAUCAAAGGUUUCAUCCCGCUCCGAUCCCAAGGCAAGACUCGUCUCCAGUACAUCAGACACCACUUCAUUCGAGUCAUCAUCUCCAGACAACUAUGGACAGAAUUUGUCUACCUCGUGUACCUAUUCAGUGGGGCAACAUACUCCGCGGCUCCAGCAACGGACCUCUACACUCGGAUGCAAGACUUUCAAAGGCAUUCUGGCAUCCCUCCGGCGAUCACUCGCACUCUGUUCGCGGUGAAUAUCAUGAUCAUGAUAAAGCUCGGCCUGGAAAUCGUGUGGCAUGCUUCGGCAGUCUUGAUGAUCGGUUCGGGGCUAUGGAAUGGAGAAGAGUUUCCAAGGUUGAUCAACAGCCCAUUAAAAAGUACGAGCCUGACGGAAUUCUGGGGGAAACGAUACCACCAGCUCAACCGAGAUACGUUGUCACUAUGGAGUAACCUGUUCAAACCACUCGGCAGGACCAUUCAACUCUUUUCCGUCUUCCUAAUCUCUGGUGUGCAGCACUAUACCAUUUACCACACUGGUCUUCCCAUCCCCGGAUCGUUCACAGCUUGGUCCAGUCUCUUCCUAGGUUGCGGUUUUGGAAUCAUGCUCGAGAGACUAUGGUACAAAAGGACCGGUAGACAUGUCAGUGGCCCACCUGGCCUCAUGUGGAUGUUACUGUGGACGGCCCUCAUCUGUCAGCCCAUGGUUUGCUGGUAUUGGCAAAUGAUCAUCGUCGAUCAGAUGCCAAAUUUGACCCCUACGCAUAGUGCGGUCGGAUGGAUCUUGUGGUAUACUGGCCUAGCCCCUCGACCAGGCACCUUGUCGCUUCAUGUAGAUAGAUCGUAGAGCAAAUAGAUCGGAAGAUAGACCCACAUACGCAUCUCCGCCACAACUGGAGGCCCACCCCAGAAAUUAACGCCACG